CCAGUUACAGAUUUAAUCUGCAAACUUCUUGGACUUUGCCAAGAGGAGAAGAGAUUGUGUUUUAGAAAGGGAGCCAUUGUACUGCUGCUAAUGUGUGGAAGUUUUGGCCCGAGUGGUACGAUGCCAUUGUGUGGAAAUACCAUGCACACCACAGAAGUCACUCGAGAAUUUCAGGGGAAAGAAAGAAAAUCAAGAUUUAAUCUCAAGAAAUGUCUGGCGACUGCUUUGUCAAAGGAUCUACACAGGCUGCUCAUUGAAGAGAAUGAGGCCGAUGUUACUCUCUGUGUUGGUUCCAGCACAUUCCGGGCCCACAAGGCGGUUGUGCUGGCCCGGGCACCGCAUCUCCUUGAGGAUGCAUCUGCAGACUCAGACUUGAUCCAUGUAAAAAACCUGAAGACCGCAGAGCUGAAGGACUUUUUACUACGGGUGUACACCGCUGAAGAAAGGAUGGGAAAGUUCCAGAAGCCUGUGCUGGGAUCCCCGGAGCCCACCAGGCAGGGAGUGGGCACUAACCCUCCGUGUCUCGCGGAAACCUCAGCGGGGAGAAACUCGGACCUCCCGACCCUGGAGACAGCCUGUGGGCUUGGAGCGGACCUCCUCGAUCUGUACCAGACGGGCCGUGCCUCUGAUAUCAGUAUUGAAGUUGGGGCCCGGGUAUUCCAGGCUCACAGGCCCAUCCUGUGUGCGCGCUCCCAGUAUUUCAGUGCCAUGUUGAGCGGGAGAUGGUUGGAGAGCUCCAGACAGUGCAUCACUCUACAGGGCCUGGGCCCCGAGGAGAUGGAGAUCCUCUUGCAGUUCAUGUACGGGGCCACUUUGGACCUACCCCCGGGAACCAAUCUAUGUCAGGUGGUCUACGCUGCGGACAUGCUGGGUCUGGACGGGCCGAAGGACGUGGCCGAGGUGGUGCUGACCCGGGACUACUGCCGCUUCUUCCCCAAGCCUGUGGAUGGGGUUCAGAAGUCCAUUCUUGAGUGCCUUUCAUUAUCUCAUUCCCUACGAUUUGAGCGCCUCUAUGGUUUGUGCUUAAGGUGGGUGGCGGAGCACUUUGUGAAGUGCUGGUCUGAAAGAAGCUUCGCCCUCCUACCAGCAGGGCUACAGAGACACUGCCUCACAACCGUGACUGAGGCAAUGACAGUGAAGAACGUGGUGUCCCUGCUUUGUAGCAGCGAACAGCUGAUUGGUAGCUUACCUGAGGUGAAGUGGGCCAAGCAGGCCCUGGCCUUGGCCAAUGAGCUGCAGGAGGCAUGUCUGCGCACCAUUGUGACCCACCUGCCCGAGGUUACCCACACGGUCGCCUUCCACACCCUCCGAAGGGUGGAGGAGUUCAGCCUGGAGCCCCGCACGUUGAAGAAGAUCUGCGCGGCGGUCAAGGACGGCUUGACCGUGGAAAACUGCUGCCGACUCUUCGCCGCGGUGGACGGUAUGGCCGGCAACGAGGAGGAAGGGGAUGAGUUUCCGGAAGAGAUGGGCACAAAGGGAGAUCAGGAGUCUUUCAGACACGAGGUGCGAGCUCUGCGCGUGAGGCUCUGGACGUUCCUGCUGCAGUCCUUCUUCGCCGUUCGCCACACGCAGGGAUGGCGCAGCCUGUCCCCCAAGCACAGGGAGAAAAUACAAGCAGCUGCUCUUGACAAAGGGGACGGCAGGAUACUUGGGAAAAAACCUGUAUUCACCAGCUCACAGCAACAGAAACGUGUGAAAUGCCCUGCGGCCCCCAGUGAGAGCCCCCGCCCACCCAGGCGUCAGGACGCCCCCAGGAGCGUCGCCCAAACCGCAGCGAGGACGAUGAAGUCGGACGGCCUGGGGCACGGUGUCCCUGGGAGAGGGGCCUGCAACGAGGCCCCCAAGGGCAAGAACGGCAAGGCUAAGGCCCAACCCGAGGACCGGGGCGUGAACGGCAAGGCCAAAAUGGCGGCCGCGUCUACAACGGAGCUCAACGGCGCCACAAACGCCCAGGACAGGGCUCGGCGGGAGAACUCGGCCCCCGUCGCCAACGGGCCCCGGGGCUCCCCCACGGGGAGGGUCGGGAAAGAGCCAGAGAAGAAGGCCAAUCCGGGAGCGAGGCCCAAAACCGGCCCCGCCUCCUCAGCGGCGACCGGCCAACCCAGAGGCGGAAAGCUGCAGAGGAGCGGCUCCGGGAAGGACCCGCCCCAGCGCCCGGACGGCACCAGCUCUGCCCCUACCCCAGCCUCCACCACCAGUGCCUCAGCAUCCAGCAGCGUCUCCCCGGAGAACGGCUCCAACAGCCCCCGCAGCCCCGCCCUAGGUCACAAGCCAAAAAGCACUGCCCAAAUUACAACCAGGUCACCGCUGACCAAGACCAGUCAGAAACCAGAGCUGGGAAAAGCUAACAGCAUGGCGAGCAAGGUAUCUACGAGAGAGGCAGACAGCAAGGCCAAACCACCUCCGUCAGGCAGGGCGACGGCAGUGCUACCCGGGACCAGAGCAGACCCUAAAGGGAGGAGCACUCCGUCGGGUUCUGAGAACCAUGGCUCCAGGCCUGCAUCAGCCGCAACUGCACGGAAGCCUGCCUCCCCCAGGAAAGAGGAGGGCAGGGCGAGCCCCCGAUUGUCCGCAGCAGGGGCGAGAGGGGCCAGCGAAGCAGCCAAGAAGAAGAGCACCAAGACCACACCCGCAACCGGGACGGAGGCCAAACCCGCGACCAAGUCCACCAAACCUGGUCCCAGCCCUUCCCGACAGAGCCCCCUCCCUCCCAGCAAAAGCGGCACCAAGCAGAAGAGCUCCGCUGAAACGCCCGCAGGCAAGCCGGCCCUCAGGCCAGGGGGGGCAGCGAAACAGGCCCCCCCCGGGCCCAAGAAGCAGGCAGCGAAGUCGAAGGAGGCUUCCCCUCGGAAAAGCCCGGAAUCUAAAAGCGCAGAGCCUGUUCUUGGCGCUGAGGGGGCUGUCCCAGGAGCGGGGGUGGAGCAUUCCCAGCCGAGAGCGGUCGACAUGGAGGACUCAUCACACAACCCUCCCAGACUGCCUGGUUCUUGCAAUGGAGGAGAGAAUUUGCCCUCCAAUCCACCCACUACGGAUCAUUGCCUUCUUAGUGAAACCUCGGUUCAGGAGACGGAGCCCGAGCAUCACGUAGUAGCGGACGGAGCACAGUCAGACCGGCUCUCGGCCGCAGCUCCCGCUCAAGGCUUUCCUGUGGGUGCUACACCUGUGGGCCCUGGCCCAACUGCGGAAGAACAGGAGGGUGCUGGGAAAUGGGCAGCAGGCUACCCCAUUCCCUCCUCUCUCUACGCCAGGCAAGGACAGACGCUCGAGUGCCUGAACCCACCCAAGCACUCCAAUCCCCCCGCAGACACGCCGGGCAGCCCAGGUGGCUCGGAGAUGCCCAUGGAGGGUCCCUGGAGCAGCCCGCACCAGCAGGUCAGUCCCGAAUCGGAGACGGGCAGCGUCACCACCUCAUCGGACGACAUCAAGCCCCGCUCGGAGGACUACGAUGCCGGCGGCUCGCAGGACGACGACUGCUCCAACGAGCGCGGAGGCAGCGGCUUCUCCAAGUGCGGCACCAUGCGCUGCCCCGACUUCCUGGGACGCAGCAGCAGCGACACCAGCACCCCCGAGGAGCUGAAGGCGUGCGACGGCGGGGCCGGGCUCCGCGUGGAGGUGCGCCUGAGGGGGCGAGAUGUGGCCGACCCCUUCCACACCCACUCCACCAGCGAGGAGGAGGCAGCCCGGAGGCGACCCCGGUCCUGGCUGCGGAGGGACGACGGCCCCACGGAGGAUGGACCUUCUCAGGGCGAGGUACUCGUCGACGUCAAGGGCGUCCCUGAACUCGGGCUCUAUUAUGACGAAGAAGACGAUGGGGAAGAAGAAGAAGAGGAGGAGGUGGGGAACGAGAGGGCGGAGGCGGAGAUUCCCCCGGGGAAGGUCCCGUCCCCACCCGUCGACCCCUCCCCGGCACCGUUUCGGGGUAUCGUCAACCCAGCCUUCGAGGACGCGGGGGGGGCGGAUAACGAGCUUCCCGAUUACCAGCCGUCUUCCGGCUUCUGCCGUUCCGUGCUGCUCUCUGUGGACGAGUGCGAGGAGCUGGCCUCCGAGGAGGGCGGGACACAGUCCCCCCUGGGGGACCGCCCGGCAGCCUGCGAUGUGUUCGAGAACGACCCCCGCCAUCCCCAUCCCAACUCUCGCUCUACCUCCAGACACCCAAAAAGCACACCCAACCAUUGUGGCUCAUUUCCAGACUUCAAGGAACCACCCAUGGAAGAGAACGUGGUAGAGGGAGGUGCCACAACACCCCUGUUCCUCACAGAGGUACGAGACCCCCCGCAGGAGGACCGCAAGUGCCCCGGGACGGGAGGCGUCAAAGCCAGCGGCCUGCUCGUAGAACCCGACACCUUUGACCUCCGACCUCAGGAGAGGCCCUGCCGCUUGGACCUCCAAAACACUGAUCACUACCCCAAUGGAAACUCUCCCACCGAACCCGUGGACGCCCAGAGGGUGGACUUGCACCUAGACUUGCGUGACCCACAACUGACAAUGAGCACUCCCACACACGCUGCCACUUCCCCCACAGGGGACUUAGAUGAUUGUGAUGACAGACUGGAUCAAACCUGCACAUAUGACCGCCGCCCGUCCAAAACCCUCUCCCCCAUUUAUGAGAUGGAUGUGGGGGAAGCCUUCGAGCAGAGCUCAGACGCGGACAGGUGCACUGUGGGGCGGCCGGAGCAGCCAGGCGAGAAGGAGGACAACGGCGUGUUCGCCGAGCGGGACUGGACUCUGCUGCGCCAGCUGCUCUCGGACCAAGACUCCAGCCUGGGCAUCAUAAACUCAGUCCCAGAGGAUCUCAACCUGGCCCAGUACCUGAUCAAGCAGACCCUGGCACUGUCACGCGACUGCCUGGAGAUGCAUGCCAUGCUGCCCCACGAGAAGGAGACCUUCAAGAGAUGGGCCGAGCUUAUUUCACCCCUCGAAGACUCCGCGACCAGCAUCACCGUCACCAGCUUCUCCCCGGAGGAUGCGGCUUCCCCACAGGGCGAGUGGACCAUCGUAGAACUGGAAACACAUCAUUGACAGCAGGAAGGGGCAGGGCUUAAAAGCCACCAUUUUAUAAACAUUUUCUAACCAGACCAUUUUUUCAGCCAGACUGGCUAAACCAACCAGCCUGGAAUGACAUUUUGCUUUUCCUCCUCUUAGUUCGCUUUUUGAUGGACCUGGAGUUUCUUGCUUCUGCCAUUUUUCACUUUUCAUAUUAUACCUUUUGAGGUACUAACAAACUAUUUUACAAACCAUUUGGACAUAAAUGAAUGGUUUUGCAUGUGAACUUUUUUCUAUGUUUAACGGUUUACUAGAUGUUGAUGUGACUUUUGUUAAAAAAAAAAUUGAAAACAUUAAAAAUAACCUUUCUCCUG